AUGUCAACAACCUUAGUUAUACCGAGUGUGUGUUUGUGUGCGCUUGUUUGUGCAGAGCUAGCAGCUGAUUUCGGACUGAGUAUUUCACUCAUCUUCCCCAGAACUAUUACUGUAUGCUGACAAGCCCGGAUGGCGGAGAGGGCAGUGCCACAAGAGAACACAGGGAUCAAUACAGGGAUCCAACAGUCCAAUGAUCCAUACCCUGAAGCCACAGCUGAGAGCCUGGACCUUGAGGAUUCGCAUCAACAGGGUGCGUGUGUGUAUGACCUGUGUCCAGGCCCCAGUUCAUCCUGUAUGACCACCAAAGAGCUGCAGCAGCACUGGGGCGCGGUGAAACACAGACUGAAGCCGGUCAAGCUGUUGUUUGAGAUUCCUUCUGCACGCACCAUAGCGCAGCACCUGUCCAAAUACGUUGUGUACCAGAUCGUGUUGAUCCGGUCAGGCAGCUACGACUCCAAGCGCGUGUCUGUCGAGCGUCGCUAUAGCGACUUCAUCCACCUCCAUCAGCAGCUCCUUGAAGACUUCAGCGAGGAGCUUGAGGAGGUCAUACUUCCCCGGAAACUCCUAACUGGAAAUUUUAACCCCGAGACCAUCUGGGAACGCCGCCUGGCUCUGCGGGACUACCUGGCCCAGCUCUAUGCAGUCCGUUGCGUCCGACAUUCCCACCACUUCCUGGAUUUCUUCACUGAGCCCGAGCAAAGACGAGCGCACGGCCUGCUCCGAGCAGGGCAGUUUGGGCCAGCUGUCGCUCUACUAGAGACUGUCCUGGAGCUUCAGGAGAAGAUGGGAGGGUGGCAGAGUCCUGUUCUGCUGGUGCCUACGCUGUGUGCCCUCACAGUGUGCCAGAGAGACCUGGAAGAGCCGGAGUCUGCGUUCACCAUGGGCCAGAGGGCGCUGCCCACGGUAAGGCGCUAUGGGCUGAAGCGCUAUAGAGGGCCACUGCUGGAGAUGAUGGUGGAUCUGGGAUACCAGUUAGGGCGACCUGUGGCUCAGCUGCAGGAGGAGUUGGUUCAAGUUAGGGAUGCAGAGAGGGGACUGGUGUCUUUUCGCUCCCUUAAGGAGUUGGUGGUGCAGGAGUUUACCUAGGCCUGAUUCAGUUGAGAUAAGCAUGCACAACUUUAAAUUAUCCAAUGACAUCAAUAGGGGUUUUGCAAACACUUCCACUGGUGAGAACAUGUCCUUUAAAGUAUAGACUUUAUUCAGGAAUUCUACACCUAGCCUUCUUUACCAGGGUUGAGCCAAUUCCAUUUAAAUUCAAUCAAUUCAGGAAGUAGAAAUUCCAAUUCAAGGGUCUUUUCAAUAACAUUUAUGAACAUGUAAAUGCAGACAUGUCCCCCUGCCCCACCCAACUGUUUUCUUUCAAAACUGUAUUUUAAUAAUGAAAGGUACAACUUACAUUUUCCCACUUACACCACCAGGGUCUUAACAUAUAUAUAAGUAUCAAUCAAAAGUGUAGACACAACAACUCAUUCAAGGGUUUUUAUUUGUACUAUUUUCUACAUUGUAGAGUAAUAGUAUAUACAUCACAACUAUGAAAUAACACAUAUGGAAUCAUAGUACCC